UUGAAGCGCUAAUGAAAAGCUUUAACCACACAAAAGGUGUUCACACAUUUCAGAGGAUGUCUGGCUGUGAAUGGGAUGAUGAGACCGGUGAGGCUGUGAUCUUCAAACAAAAAUGGGACAACAACAGAGAGGCAUUAUAUAGAGAAAGGAAUAAUCUCAUCACAAUCUGUCCUGAAAUGCUGAAGAACUUUUUGAACUAUGGGAGGACACUCCUGGUAAAACCAGUUCUUCCCUCAUUUUAUCUCCUCCAGAAGACUCCUUCCUCUCCAGUCACCUGCCACGCUACAGGUUUCAAUCCUAACAAAGUGAACAUGGUCUGGAGGAAAGAUGGAGCGGAGAUUCAUGAGGGCGUGAACAGAGGAGAGAUCAUCCCCAACAAUGAUUGGACCUUCCAAAUGAGUGUUGACCUGGAAAUUUCAUCAGUCAGACCUGAAGACUGGGAAAGAUAUGCCUGUGUGUUUCAGUUCUCUGAUGUGAACCAGGAUAUCGUCACCAAACUGGACAAAGCAGUGAUCUGGACCAAUAAGGUUUCCCAUUGGGAUCAUGGAAUAACUUUCAAUCGUGUAAAAUCAAUUUUGCAAAUUAUCGGAGGACUUCUCUCACUGGGAUUGACCAUCGCAGGAUGCUUCAUGUGCAACAGAAAAAGGAAUGGAGCUGCCAGCUCCUAGCCUGCCUCUCCACCUGGAUUAGCCGAUCCCACGUCCUAGCCUGGCUCUCCACCGGGGUCAGUCGAUGCUGGGACCCUGUCUGCUUCUCUCACCAGAGCCUACUUUUCUAGAAGCUCGAGUACCUGAACCAUUCUUCCUCUGAAUCAGCAAUGCUAUUAGCAUCCCUCGUGGUGAGACCCAAACUAACCAGAAGUUGAGUUUUUUUCAACUUCGUAUUUGGCUUUAUUAGGUUCUUCAUUUGUUUAUUGUUAACAUUUAAUUCCCUGUGCUUUGAUUUAUUUUAGCCAUUCCAUUCUUGUGGAUCGUGAUUUUUUAUAUUUGACUGAGUUUGUAUUCUUAAUUUUUUUAGGCACUUUCUGGGAGUUUGUGUUCUU